UCUGAAUUUUCACAUUCCCGCCAUCAUCGGCUGCUCGUGUGACUCGCGCGCAGAAAUCAUCAUCAUCAUACCCGGCGAAACUCACACACCGCCAGAGAGAGUUACAUUAAGAGGAUAUAUUCAUCCCCCAGCGCUUUCUUUCAGGAAUUACCCUCCCGCAGGAUCAUUGGCCUCUACGUGUGCCGGAGAUCGAGGAGGUCCUGAUGUCUGUCUCCGGGCCCAGACUGACCAGCGGCGGCCCGGUCCGCAUACGCAUCCGCUGUGGAGAACUGGGAACCACCAAAUGGAGAGAGGGCGUCUUCGAAAUCCACGAGAGAGACAACAAAAUAAACCUGCAAGUGAAGUUCAACAGCGGCGGAGCGCCCAGGAUGUUCCAGCUGAAUCACAAUGUAAAGCAGGUUUCGUGGUAUCAAACGCACUGCCCGACCCGAAUGACUUUGACUCUGAAAGACUCGAGUGUUGUCAUGAUGGAAAAAAUGAACAUGUUGGUGGCCAAAAAAAUGAGGGAAUACCUUGAGAAGGUCCGGCUCGGCAAACCAGCAGUAUUAAAGACGAACCAGGGAAGUGCUAGUUUUGGAUUAGUUCUUGGGAAUCGCGCGGCACAGAACGACUCGGCUCUUUCUCCAUCAGAUAAACAGACCCCCCCGAGGCGUCCCAGCCUGGACAGCAGAGAGGACGGCACCCCCCGAAAGCCCCUCGCGAGCCCCAGCCGGGCCACAGCCACGCCGGGCCGGACCGGGCUCUCCGAGAACAGGAGUGAGAAGAGGAAGCGGCUGAUGACCUCUGACGGAGAUCUGGCCGAGGACUAUCCCAAAGAGAACGACUCCUCUAGCAACAAUAAGGCCAUCCCAGACGCGUCCAGGAAGUUCCUGCUCAGCUGCAAAGAGAAGCUCAAGCAGUCGGAGGAGAACCGAGCGUCGGCUCCACACACUCCUGCUCCUCUUCAGCCAACGUCCUUCUAUGGGGGCCGAUCAGGGAGUAAAGACUACACACAGACACACUCGUUUCUGGACAGGCCCAGCAGUGCAGGCCAGUGUCCAUCUGCCAAGAGAAGCCUGAUGUUACCCAAUCACUCCACUCCCUUUAAAAAGGUGCGCCCGACUCUGGACUACGGCGGCUGGAACAAGCCCAGGCCGUCCGCUCUGGCUCAGCCUCAGCCGCCUCUGCAAGGAUUCUCCAAUCUGGGCAACACCUGCUAUAUGAACGCCAUCCUGCAGUCCCUCUUCAGCCUGCCCUCGUUCUCCAACGACCUGUUGAAGCAGGGCAUCCCGUGGAAGAGGGUCCCCGUCAACGCCCUCCUGAAACAGACCACUGCGAGUAAUAUAUGGGACUGGCGCCUACUGGUGGUGACGGAUGAUCCGGAAGAGGUGCUUAUCCUUCCUAAUGAAGAAGCCUGUGCGGUUCAAGUCCGCUGGUUUCCCCUUCAGAGCCCAGGAACACCCCGGGGAGGUCUUCACCUGAGCCGUCUGCGAUCUGCAGCCGUGUGCCGAGGCCUGCUGGCAGCCAAAACCCAAGGUUUUCCGCCCACAAGCAGCGGGGUAACGGAUGCACUUUCUUUCCUAAAAGAGCAACUGGAUAAGGGCAGCUCCCCAUCCAUGCUCAAAAUCUAUGUGGUGGCCAUAGCAGCGUUUACAAAACCUGCGUCUGGCCCGUCACUGUGGAAAAAUCUGGUCAUUUGUUUCCUAAAAGGAGCUAAGAGGAUGAAUCCUCCCAGACCCCCAUCUAUCCCCAUGGUGCUAGAAGCCCUGAAAGGAGCCCCAUUCGAGUCAAUCCGGACAUCAGAUACGAAACACUUGUCUUUCAAAACAGUGUUUCUCAUGGCUCUUGAAUCAGUAAAACACAUAGGGGAUCUACAAGCGCUCUCAAUAAGCUCAGCGUGUAUGGAAUUUGGGCCUAACGACUCAAAAGUCAUACUCAAACCAAGACACGGAUACGUGCCUAAAUCCCUCAACACACCGUAUAGGGCCCAGGUUAUCUCCUUGUCUGCCGUACCGGUUCAUAAUGAGGAGGAAAGCACAGGCCAACUUUGCCCAGAGAUGUUUGGGUGUAGCAUGAGGAAGUUGUUGAACAGUGAGUCCCCGUCCCGACUGGAUGUGGUGAUGCUCUGA